AUGUCGGUUGUCAUCAGCGAGGUGUCCCGGCGGUGCGUCCAGCACAACCCGUACGACAAGCAACUGCUUGACACGCGAAGCGACGGCAUGAGUUUGGCCGCCGUGGAGUUCUUCAACGCCGCUGCACAAAUGGAGGAGGAUGCCUUAACGUCACAGAAGGAAGUCGAAACGAUGGAUGCAUACGACCACAUGACGUGCACAGAAGGUGAGGGUGGGAUGUCGGACAAUGUCACAGAUGAGGCCAGCCAAACGUUGGCUGCAUUACAAAUGUCAUCAUCCGCCUUUGUGAUGCAGCCUGCGCCCGUUUUGCCCGCCGUCCGCUAUGCCUCCGUGAAUUUUCGUUUCGGCAGCGCUUGGUUUGUCGCCCCCUUCCGUACCUCCGUUGGCGAAAUGGUCGUGGUGGAGUACCCGCACAAUAAAAGCCUGCAUAUGGGCCUUGUCAGCUGCAUCUCGACACGGACUCCGCCCACGUUUGCCGCCAUGACAGCCGCAGACGGCACGAUCAGUGAGGCGGAUCUUCGGCUGUGCCCGACGCUUGUGCGCCACGCCCGCGACUUUGACCGGCGGACGAAGCUGGAGCUGCGCUCACACGACCUUGCCUCGCUGAAAAAUGCGCAGACGCUUGCGUUGGAAAUGGAGGCGCCCGUCACAUUUCUAGACGCCGAAUGGCUGCUUGAUCUGACGGCCGUGACGUUUCUCGUGAACGUUUGGGGCAACAUGUCGCUGGUGGACCGUCUUGCAGAUGAGUUGGCGGUGUUUGAGGGGUCUGAGGUUGUCUUUACGUACCCCGCGGUGAACUAA